AUGAAAGCUGCUACUGAAGAGGAAUAUCUUGCUCUCGUCAAAGAAUCUCUUGCAGACGAAGGUCGAAGCCGUUGGACUAUCAGCACUUGGGUCAAAGAAAAGCUCCAGGACGAAGGUAAAUACCUGGGGCUCAUUCACGACAAACGUAUCAAAGCCGUUCUCAGACAGGGAAUUGAAUCCGGCGACCUUGUUCGUCCUAACGGUCCCCUCGGCUACGUCUAUUUGAGCACAGAGGUUGGCGCUACCGGUAAAUACGGUGUUAGAUAUGGUGCUUCGCUGCGUAAGCAGGUCAAGAAGAUGGAAAUCAGCCAGCAUUCGAAAUACACAUGCGCCUUCUGCGGAAAGACCACCGUCAAGAGGACUGCUGUUGGUAUCUGGGACUGCAAGGGAUGCGGAAAGAAGCUCGCUGGCGGUGCUUACCUGCUAUCGACACCUGCCGCCGCUGCUUCCCGUUCGACAAUCCGUCGUCUGAGAGAAAUUGCUGAAGUUUAA